ACACUUGAAACAUUAGCAGAUGGUGAAAAACAUGUUGUUAUUUCGCCAAACGUGAACUAUUUGUUGUUAAAUACGUUGUGUUGUGUUCCUACAUUACUUUUUUGGGAUUACUUUACAAUAAUUCAACAGCAAACGUGAGGAAAAUGUAGGCAACCCAUUAUACACGAAUCAACAGAGGUUAAAAACGUUUGUUUGACAAUGUCGGUGAAAUUGGUGGGCGGUGGCGCGUCGCCGUCGCCGCAUCCGUCACCACAGUGUCCGUCACGUGAUUCGAUGAUCUUCACCAGCACCAAGGGUCUGCUGAAUGCGCCCGGGCAGAAUAAUUGUUUCCUCAACAGUGCUGUACAGGUGUUGUGGCAUUUGGAUAUCUUUCGGCGCAGUUUUCGUGAUCUCUCCGGGCACGCAUGCAUGGCAGAAUCGUGCAUCUUUUGUGCAUUAAAGGAGUUAUUCUCGCAGUUGCAAUUCAGCCAUGAAACAGCUCUUCCCCCGGAUGCUUUGCGACGUGCUUUGGCCGAGAGCUUCUUCGACCAGCAACGCUUCCAGCUCGGGUUUAUGGAUGACGCAGCCGAGUGUUUUGAGAAUAUGUUGAUGCGUAUCCACACACAUAUCGCGCACGGCGAGUCGGAAGAUAUGUGCAAUGUAAGGCAUUGUAUUCCGCAUCAGAAGUUUGCGAUGACUUUGGUUGAACAAAGCAUUUGCGAGGCGUGCGGUGGAUCUUCGGAACCUUUGUCAUUCACCCAGAUGGUGCAUUAUAUUUCGGCGUCUGCGUUGACGACACAAGUCCGCGCGAGUGUUUCCAAUCAAAAUAUUGGCAUCCAGGACUCCUUUGGUAAUCUACUGAAAAAAGCAGGGAAUAUGGGGGACAUUCGUGAUUGUCCAAGUUCCUGUGGUGCUAAAAUACAAAUCCGAAGAUCCUUGAUGAAUCACCCUGAGAUUGUCUCCAUUGGUAUAGUCUGGGACUCCGAAAGACCCACUUUGGAACACAUCAUGGAUGUCUUCGCGACUGUUGGUACCACACUCCGAUUAGCUGAUGUCUUCCAUAGUGUUGUAGACCAACGCUGGUCUGAUUUAACAGCGCAUAAUUUGGUUGGUGUUGUUACGUAUUAUGGUAAACACUACUCCACCUUCUUCUUCCAUACGAAAUUGAGGGUAUGGAUUUAUUUUGAUGAUGCUACCGUGCGGGAAGUAGGACCACGUUGGGAGCAAGUUGUGGAGAAGUGCAGAAGAGGGCGUUAUCAACCACUGUUGUUACUCUAUGCUGUACCAGGUGGUAGUCCUGUUUCUACUGAGAAUGCUCCAAAGGUAAUCACGCCGUUUUAUGAAAAGAAGACUACGUUGAGGAGGUCGGUUACUCCGAGUCCUGAGAAAGCUCCCAUGGUUAAUAUGCAUGGGGCGAGACGUGCCAUCACACCAAAUCCUGAUGGUAAACCACCUCUUCCGAGGAAUCUGAACUCCAGUUAUAAUGAAUAUCAGAAUCUGGCGGUUAUACAGGAUAGUAUACAUUUUAAACCACAGGUGAAUAUUCACAGGAGUCUGAGUAGUUCAUCAUCAACGACUAAUGAUGGUAUUAACAUCCCGGACCAUCUGAAUGUCCCUAGGAGAAGAGAUUCUGGGAAUUGGAGUGGUGACAGGAACAGUGCUUCAUCUUCCUCGUCAACUACAAUGGAAAAUCCCUAUUUGUAUCUGGUUGGUAAGCUCCCACAGAAUGGGAGUUUACCUGGAAGUCCAACAAGGGGUAAAGACUCAACAGGAUCAGUUUUUAAUGAUCCUGGAUACGAUUCUUAUUCGCUAUCUUCAAAUGACAGUUCAACGAUGUCCACUAUACAACACCUGAUGAAAAUGGGUCACCUGGCGAAGAUUCCAGAAGAUUAUAACAUGAUGUCUGCAUGUGGGCAAACACCUAACCUCCCCAUGCCGAAUUGUGAUGUUCUCUGUGAUGAAGCAGAUGAACUCCUCACGAAAUCCAGACAGUUGGAAGAUGAGCAUGAUUUGGUUCUAGCAUUGGCUCUGUGUAAUGCUGCUGCGACUAAAGCUAGAGCCGCCAUGAAUGCACCGUACAACAACCCGCAGACUCUUACUUUAGCCAGAAUGAAGCAUAAUACUUGUAUUAUGCGUGCGAGGAGUCUUCAUCGUAGAAUGACACAGACGCUGAACCCACCUAAGGAGAACCCCAUUGAAAUACGUCAUACUCGUGAGGGUAGUAGUGGUAGUGCUCGCCACAGUCGCCAGAACUCCAGGGAUAAGUUAUCCAGACAAAACAGUAAGGAAUUAUUGAAUAUUCCGGUUGUUUCUGUGGAGAAACCAACGAAAAGUAUUGAGAUCUAUGCGACUUUACCGAAAAAGACGAAGAAAAUGUCUGUGACCACCAUUGAAGAUGCAGAGUAUAUGAUUUAUGAUAAACCCAAAGAGCGUGAAUCACGUUCGAUCUUCUCCAGGUCCCGGAAGGACAAGGAAGCCAUUAAAAUCAAAGAAAAACGAUCCCGGAGUGAAGAUAGAAAUAAAAUCUUCUCGAAAGACUUUUCUCUAGCUCCUGAUAAAAGACACACUAAAAAGAGCAAGGAAACUAAGGAGAAGGAAGAAAAAGAAGAAAAGAAAGAAAAGAAAGGUAAACAACACAAAAUCAGACGUAAACUACUCAUGGGAGGACUCAUCAGGAGGAAGAACAGAAGCAUGCCUGAUUUGACAGAGGUAGCUGAUCAAAAAGACCAGAAUCCUCCCCCGAUUACUUCUUCAGUUGAUGACAGUACCAUAGGUACCAAACAAGACCCUCCACCGUCAAUGUCUGGGUAUUUAAGUGAAGGUCACCUUGAAUUCACGGGUAAUUCAUGCACGAAUCCCAAUCUGGAGAGGUCUAGGCUCAUGCGGAAGAGUUUCCAUGGUAGUGCUGGUAAGGUACUCACUGUUGCCAAGGUACCACCUCCUCCACCACUCCGUACAACAUCACAGUUAUCUAAAAUAGGUUUAAAGUACGAGGAUGAGAUCCAGUUGAAAAUCAAACAGGAGGAGAAUGUUUAUUGUAACUUUGAUAUCAAUGCUAAUGGUAGAGCUUCACUGAGUCCUUAUGAAAGACAUCAGACUGUUAUAACUCAUGCGGAUGUGCAUCAGGAGCAGAGUCCUGUGAAGGAUGCGAUUGAUAGUGGUGUGGAUGAGGUGGAUUGUUGUCCAUCUGUGCCGGUUUUAGAGCUGCCGCCUUAUCCUAGUCCCCCGGGGUCUGUUUUACAUUCGAGGCAGCCCAGUGAAGAGUUUCCACCGCCUCCCACGGAGUUGGAUUUGAUCGAGGAUAAACCUGGGUUGUUGCAGCAGUUGCAGAAUAAGCGGAUGGAGAUUUUGAAUGGGUCUUUACAACAACAACAACAACAACAACAGAAUCAUGUUGGGGUUGUUAAGGAACAGUCUGGAGAUGUUUGGUUGAAGGAGUUGCAGGCGAAGCAAGCUGCGCUCAGGAAGAAACUUGAUCCUGGCGUGGAUGAAGUUAAUACGCAGCGGGUUGUGUUGUAUCCGCAGAUGGCAGAAGCUAAAACCGAGGCUAAAAUAACUUCAGUAAAAGAUUUAGCUUCGCGUUUUGAGCAGGAUAAGUUUGAGUUGUUCAAAAACGAAACACCAGGUGUGUUGUCCCUGAAGAAACGCGAUGAUGAUGUUAUAACUGCACAAAAUACUAUUGUACAACAUCAGAUACCUCAGGAGUUGAUCCAGCAGGAGAUUAAGGAGGUGGAGAUGUUGACAGCGCAGGUGCAGAAGACUUUCCAUCCGGAGUUUAUGCAUGAUGAGGAUCAACGCAGUCAUCAUAGACAAAAGAAGAAAUCUGUUAGUUUUUGUGAUCAGGUUAUACUGGUUGCAACUGCGGAGGAACAGGAAGAUGAUAGUUAUAUACCCAAUCCUAUUUUGGAGCGGGUGUUGAGAACGGCUAUACACAAACCGGAAGCACAGGCUAUAAGACAAGAGAUUAUAUCUUUGCGUGAGAAUGAACUAAGGAAAGAGAAUGAGUUGAAGGUACGACAGGAAGAGGAGGAAGUUAUGAAGAAUUAUGAGAGUAAGAGGUUUACUCAGAAUGGUGUUGAAAGUGUUGUUGAGAGUCCAUAUGGAGGUAGGCCUGCUGGUAUGCAGACAAGUUUAAGUCGUGAAGAAAGAGAGUUCAUUAUGAAUAAUUCCAAGGAGUUGGCUGUACAACAACAACCACAACAACAGGUUUACCAUCAACAACCACAACAAUCACAACAACAUCAACAGGUCUAUCAGAGUUUACCACAGAAUGCAUAUGGUAGUCCGAAUUAUAUCCCUGCUUCACAAUUGUCCAGCACACCUCCUCAGAAUGUGGUAUACCCGCCAUACCAAUCCCCACCACAAGUACAGAUGCAAAAUGGUGGAUAUAAUACAACUCCCACAUCUUCCCAUAGUGUUUAUCAGAGUCCUCCUGUUCAAUUUCAAGGUCAAAGUCAAGGACAAAACCGUCCUUAUCAAAUGGUACCACCCAAUAGUCAGAUGCAUCCACAGAUGCAAAACUAUCAAGCGUAUUACAGACCUCCACAGAUGGUUAAAGCACAAAGCCCGGCUGCUGGUAAUCAUGAUUUGUAUUCUUCUUCACCUAGGAGUUACCCGCUGCAACAGGUGAGGCAGUCACCCACGCCAGGUGUUUAUUAUCAUCCGCCAUCACCGUCACCUUCAACGCAAAGCAGUUAUACUUCUACAUCAACAACUAAUUCGCCUGUUUAUCGACCCUAUCAACGUGUACCACCACUGCCUAUGCAUGAGUAUCAUGAACAAUCAUCUCCUUAUCAAAGGGUACCUAAUACUGCCUAUCAUCAACAACAGACACAACAACAACAUCAAAUGAAUCAGGAUGCGCAGUACGUGCAGCGGAAUGCAUAUCAUCAGUCGCCGUAUCAGCAUGUGCCUGUGCCUGUACAAAAUGGCCAUCAGUAUAUACAAAAUGGCGGUGCGAAACAAAUAUUAAAGAAAUCUGUUUCUUUUGAACCGGGGACCAAAGGAGAAGAUCAACUUAAUCAACAUAUACAGCAACAACACACGCUGCAAGCACAACCCAAGGCUAUUGUUACUCCUAUAUUAGUUAAUAACAAUGUAAAUAAUUCAAGUAACAAUCACACAAAGUGCAAUCUUUGCAGGAAGAAGGCCGUGCCCUCGGCGAAUAUCUACUGCACCGAUUGUGAAUAUUAUAUGUCGCGAUUCAAGCCGAAAAGCUAAUAGUAACUAAUUGUUUAUUGAUUAGUUCAACUAUUUAUUAGCACGAGGCUGUUUUUUUAAUUGUGAUAUUACUGAAACAAUUUGAGCGUAGUUUAAUUAUUUGUAUGUUUAUAAAGUAAGGAUCUCAUUGAACGUGAAGAGUUUUAUAUAAAAUUAAUAAAUAUUUUCAAUAAUAA